AUGCCAAUAAUUACUUCCGUUAUAAGAAAACUUAGGAAAAGAAAUUUUGAACAACUUCGACCGUAUACCGCCGAGAGGAUACAAGCUAAAAGUCAAGGUGUACCAGUUGAAGUAGAUAAAGAAGUUCUUCGGAAUGAGAAUAGCAUAAAAGAAAAUUACGGUGGUUAUGUCGAAGACGAAACAGACUUAUCAUUUGUUGAAAAUGACGUAGGGGAAUCACAGGAAGAUCAAUGGCAAUUUGAUCAAGAACCACAAGGAGGGACAAAAGUUUUAGGGAAGGCUAACCGUCGAAAUGUUGUCAGGUCUCCAACUCCACCAAAUGUAUUAAGAGAUAUUACCCGUGAAAAUAUUGAUUUAUCUACAUCAAGAAAGUCGAAUGUAUCACGAAAUGAGUCACGGAAUGUUAAUGUUGAAGGUCAACAUGUUUCUUCAUCCUCAACUAAUGAAGGCGACUUAAAUUCUGAAUCGGGUAAUGAAGAAGAAAUCGAAUCAGUAUUUAGUAGUAUUAAUGAUGAACCUGUCUCUAUUUCAAAUGAUGAAAGUAAUGAUCAUGAUGGAGAUGAAAUACACGGUGUGGACAUAAUUAGUAGUGAUGAUGAGACAUAUAAUUACAGGACAAGUAGUGAUGUUAUUUCCCAGCGUGGUUCAAUAUCAUCUCGAUCAUCUAGACCAUCUGAACAAAACUUGGUAUCUAAAAAGCUAAAAGAUUUGUUGCAAUGGGCAGAUACCACACCAGUAUCAUCACCAAAUGAUAAAAACUUUCCAAUUGAAAAAUAUUUAGAACUCUUUGAGGAACUUCAUAAAAAUAUUUAUGUGGGAAAUCCCUGGCCAGAACCAGCAAGAUCUUUAAUAAGGGAUUUGAUGAUGUAUUGGGCAGGAUGGCGACCUAAUAAUAAUGGAAUAAAUAAUUGUUAUAAAAUUUUAGUGAAAUUAAUUGUGAUUGUACCUAUUAAUGCGUGUAAUGUACCGGAUAUUACCAUCUUGACUCAAAGAUAUCUGGAUUUGACAUUACAGUUGCUUGGACGUAUAAUAGAUGAUACACCGAUAGACCAUGUAAAUGAAUUUAUUUCAAAGUUCAAUAAACAUACUAGAGUUUUAAUAAAUAAUAUGCGUUGCAAAGGGGUUCAGGACAAAGCCAAUGAAAAUAUAGCGAUUGCAAUUUGUUCGGUUAUUGCUUUAAUCAAUAAGAAACCAAUGAGCGAGUAUAUUUUAAAUAGGUUCACUUAUAUUUCAAAAAGAAAUCAAGAAUGGAUAAUAAGAUCUUUGAUGUUAUUAAACCAAACAUUAAAGAUGUUAACUAGUUAUGGAAAUGGCACAAAGCAAACACUUUUAGAUUUAUUUGAAUUGCUCAAACGAAAGUGUCGAGAUGGAAGAAUGGACCCUGAAGUUAAAUUAAAAGCAAAAGAAUGCUUGGAAACCGUAAAGGCCAUUAAUUAA